AACAUGGCUUAGUUCAAAAAUUCAAUCAUACUAAUCAACAUUUCUAUUUUAGAAAAAAAAAAUGGAAGGUCGUCUUCGAUUUCUCUUAUCUAAAAUCGUAUGGCUAGCUUUAUCAUCUUCGUUUGUAUAUUGUUACGACCCAUCUCCUCUUCAAGACUACUGUGUUGCAGUUGACGAUAUAAAUGGAGUUUUUGUAAAUGGGAAGUUCUGUAAAGAUCCAAAACGUGUAACGGCGAAUGACUUUUAUACUUCCGGCCUAAACGUCCCAGGAAACACCAGCACCGGUCCCGGCUCCACAAUCACCGCCGUAACUGUUGAAAGAAUGCCUGGUCUCAACACUCUCGGGGUUGGUAUUGCUCGCAUUGACUUUGCCCCGGGAGGUCAAGUCCCACCUCACACGCACCCACGUGCCAGCGAGAUCUUGUUAGUUAUCAAGGGCAAGCUUUUCGUUGGAUUUGUAUCGUCGAACGAAUACAACUACACGCUCUUCACCAAAGUUCUUUAUCCCGGAGAUGUGUUUGUGUCUCCCAAAGGUUUGAUACAAUUUCAUGUGAAUAUUGGGAAGACAAAUGCGGUCGUGAUUGCUGCUGCUGGGAGCCAGGAACCGGGCAGGAUCGUGAUAGGUGAUGCGGUUUUCGGAUCGAACCCUUUGAUUGAUCCGAAUGUUUUGGCUAAAGCUUUUGCGCUGAACUUGAACAAAGUGAAAUAUCUUCAGGCUGUGUUUUCUUCUAAACAUAACAUACGUGAUUAUCCUUGAAAUUAAGAACGAUGAUAAAUAUAGUUUAGGCGAUAUAAUACAAACAUACAUACAUAUGUAUUACAAACAACAAAAAAUUGUGGGAAAUAACUAUGCAAGAUUGUAAUGUGCUGAUUAAUGUUAAAACAAUUUGUAAGAAAUUAAUAAAGUUAAUGAAUAAGUAAGCUAUAUGUUUUAGUUUUAAAUGUAAGAGGAUGUGAGAUAUGGGAAUAAAAAAAGAGGUUUGUGGA